AACCAGAAGGUGUAGGGCUAAAGAUGAACCUGAAGAACUGUACAUUUAGGGUAACAGUCGGUUAGUUCUUCGGAUUUUUAAUGUACGAGCGAGGGAUAGAGAUCACUCUAAAGAGUGCUACGAAAUCUCUACGGUGAAUAGCCUUAUAUUCUAGUUACAAACAUAUUCUUCCCGCAAUCAGAUUGUCAGGAAAAAAAAUUGCAUUGGAGAACCGUUAGAUUUAGAAUGAACGUGGGCAAUGCAGCCUGCAGUACUGCAGUCAAUCUGGUUCCGCUGCUCCUUCCUCGGCACCGCCGCCUCGCAAUCCGCUCCCGCUUCGCCCGUAAAACCCUAGCUAAACCCUAGCCGAAAGAAACAAUGUCUCUCCUCCCCUGAGCGCGCUCGUGGCCGCCCCUUGUUGGCCAUGGCUCUCCAGCUCCGCCGCCUCCUCCCGCACGGAUACGCCCAGCGACACCGCGCCGUCAUCCACGCGCUAUCGCUGCUGCCGCCGCCGCCCGCAAUGCUUCAAUUCGAGGUGUUUCAGAGAUAUUCUUCUUCACCCUGGCCCUUUUCACCUUUCCGCCCUUGUAAAAUGUGUGGGGUUGCAUUUAGGAGCAAUUCAACAAGGAAAAUAUCUUCAAGAAAUAAUUUUGGGGUUGCCUUACAGCCCAAAAGUAGUGCCUUUAUUACUCCUCGGCUCUUUGGCAGCUAUAGUUCUGUAUGUUUCAGAGCCACAGCCAGCUGUGGAAUUGCUUUAAAGGCUAAUAAUAUUGGCAAUUCACGACCAUUCUCAACUACAUACAGUAAAAAAAUAAGGUUUCUUGUUAAAAAUAAGAUUUCAUUCAGUAAUCUAAAUAUGAGAAGGAAAGACGGAAGUGUUGCACAUAGUUUGCUUCAUAGAUCUGAGAAAUGCCAAAGCACAUUAGCUACAUGUAGCACCAUUGUUGAUGAGGCUUCAACAUCUACUAGUAACAACAGCAAGAGUGUUACUGAUGCUAAGACUGACACUGCCAAGAGGAAGAGUUCAAGAGGAAGCAAAAAGGAAGUUGAUGGAGAUAUGAAAGAAAAGGAAGUACAUACCAAUAAAAAGAGGAUAUUUGCUAGAACUCGUAAAGCUGCAACAAAGACGUCUGAUAAUAUUAGCACGAACCAAGAAAACAAGAAGACUGAUAAUUGUAAAUUGAAAAGGGGUGCUGAUAGUUUCAAAGAGAAAAAAGUAAAUAAUAGGGCAAAGUCAAAAGCAGAGGUUUCUGCUGCUUCUUCUGUACCUGAAAUUUGUAUGCAAUCCUCUAUUGAUGGUUCAGUUAUUGAGAAAAAGCCACUGGUGCCAUUGUAUCCUCCCAGAGCCAAAUCAGUUGUGGUUGUGGAAUCAGCCACAAAAGCAAAAGUUAUUCAGAAGUACCUUGGGGACAUGUAUGAAGUGUUACCAAGCUAUGGUCAUGUGAGAGAUUUAGCAGGUAGAUCUAAAUCUGUCCGCCCCGAUGAUGACUUCAGCAUGGUCUGGGAGGUGCCUGCUGCUGCCUGGACACACCUUAAGAGCAUUAAAGUUGCACUGCAAAGAGCAGAAAAUUUAAUUCUUGCAUCUGAUCCUGACCGUGAAGGUGAAGCGAUUGCUUGGCACAUCAAAGAAAUGCUUGAACAACAAGGUGUACUGGGUUUUGAUGUGACUGUUGCAAGAGUUGUUUUCCAUGAAAUAUCUGAGGAUGCAAUAAAGAAGGCUUUAAUGUCCCCGAGGUAUAUUGACAUGGACUUAGUCAAUGCUUAUCUUGCACGCCGUUCCCUUGAUUAUCUAAUUGGGUUUGGCAUAUCACCACUUCUGUGGAGGAAGUUGCCUGGUUGCCAAUCAGCUGGACGGGUCCAAUCUGCUGCUUUGGCCCUUGUGUGCGAUCGAGAAGCUGAAAUAGAACAGUUUAAGGCACAUGAGUACUGGACAGUACAGACAGACUUCAAAAUACAAUCAGCAGAUCCUUCAAAUGCCACAUGUAUUCCAUUCUGUAUAAAGCAUUUGAAUUCAAAAAAGCUGGAUCAACUUUCCAUACCCUCUCAAGAAGAAGCGCAAGCUAUAGAAAAGAUGAUUCAUUCUUCUACAUUUGAAGUUUUAGGUGUUAAAAGAAGUAAAAUUCACAAGAAUCCUCCAUUGCCAUAUAUUACAUCCAGCCUUCAGCAGGAUGCAGCAAACAAACUCCAUUUUACUGCAGGAUAUACCAUGAAGAUUGCCCAAAACCUUUAUGAGGGUAUCAACCUUUCCUCAGAAGAAACAACUGGGUUAAUAACGUACAUAAGAACUGAUGGGUUCCAUAUUUCUGAUGGAGCUGUGGAGGACAUUCGUUCACUAGUUAAAGAAAGAUAUGGUCAGAAGUACGUUUCGGAGGACAUUAGGAAGUAUUUAAAGAAGGUGAAAAAUGCUCAAGAAGCCCAUGAAGCCAUUAGGCCCACCAGUAUAAGGAGGCCGCCAUCAUCAUUGGUUGGAAUACUUGAUGAUGAUUCUCUAAAACUGUACACUCUAAUAUGGAAAAGGACAAUGGCUUGCCAAAUGGAAGCUUCCAGAACUGAGAUGAUUCAAGUGGAUGUUGGCAUUCCUGAAGGAGAGAUGAAUUUUCAUUCCACUGCAUCAAAACUGGACUUCAAGGGAUACCGAGCUGUCUAUGAGGAUGAUCAGGCCAGUCCAUGCAUUGACAGCUCUGAGGGAGAUUGUGUGCAUGAGUGUAACUUUGAGGCCUUGUCGAAAUUAAUGGUUAAGGACUUGGUGUUUCCUGUUAACGUGCAUCUUGGCCAGCACUUCACUAAACCACCACCACGAUAUUCUGAGGGUGCAUUGAUUAAAAAGCUAGAAGAACUUGGAAUUGGAAGGCCAUCUACUUAUGCAUCUAUAAUGAAAGUGUUACUGGAUCGGAAGUACGUGACAGCAAAAAGUCGAGUUCUACACCCUGAGUUCCGUGGUCGAAUGGUCUCGGCAUUCCUUUUGCACCAUUUCUCUGAGGUUUCUGAUUACAACUUUACAGCUAACAUGGAGACAGAGCUAGAUAAUGUCUCUGCUGGGUCAACUGAAUGGAAGGGUCUUCUGAAAGACUACUGGGAACGAUUCAGCAAAUAUUGUGCAGAUGUGAGUAAACUGGAUGGCAGAAAGGUAGAGAGAAUGCUUGAAGAAAAAUUUGGUCCUAUCCUCUUUUCCGAUGUUUACAAGGAUUGUAGAAUUUGCCCUAGUUGUUCUGAAGGAACCUUGAGAUUCAAAGUUAGUAGGUACGGUGAAGGCUAUUUUGUAGGUUGUGAUCGACAUCCAAAAUGCAAGUACAUUGCUCGCUCACUGUCACAGCAAGAAGAUGAAACUGAACCCAUAGAAGAAAAUGCAAAAUCUUUUGAACCCAGGUUACUUGGUGUCAUGCCUGAUUCUGAUCAAAAGGUGUUUUUGAAACAAGGGCCAUAUGGCUACUAUGUUCAAGUUGGAGAGGACAAAAAAGGUCUGUUUCCAAAAAGGGUUUCCCUUUCCAAGGUCAAAGAUAUAGACUCUGUUACUCUAGAAGAUGCAAUUGAGCUUUUGCAAUAUCCCAAAAUCCUGGGAAAACAUCCUGAAGAUGAUAAUCUUGUACUUAUAACACAUUCUAAGGUUGGAUACAACAUCAAGCACAGGAGAUUUAUUGCUCAAGUGCCAAAGAACAUGGACCCAAAGAAGAUGACACUUGAGCGUGCACUCAAGCUUCUGAGUAGUAAAAGUGUCAGACGGAUUGGUCGUCUAAAGGGGAAGGUCGAAAAGAAGGAACCCAUUGAAUGGCAUUAGCUGAGCCUGCCUGCACUCGUGUGUGCAAAAAAAAAAAAAAAAUUCAGAGAGAAGUCAACAUUCAUAGCAUGCAGAGGUUCAGCCUUUCGUGUGUUUAACUGCUUAUGAUGAGAGCGGAGAAGGGGGCCCCAUGUGUGACAAAGAACAAGUGCCAAGGGAAUGCACAACCAGACAUAUUCGGGUCAUAUCUUUGAUUUCAUAUUUUUCCUUUAGUCAUCAACAUCAUAAGCUGCAUUGAACGCGCGGACACAGAAUACCAGACUAUAAAAUUCUGAGCUUAACAAAGAUGAGAGGGUGGUUUCAUCACCUAUUUUACAUAAUCGCUGCAUUUCCUAAUUACUUUCACAUUUUGUACUAGAGAUAAAUGCAUCUUUUACCACAGGAAACCCAUUUUAGUUGUGACCGUCGUGUAGGUUAUGUACUCAUGUGUAAGAAUUGUAUAUGCUACUUCACAGCUGAAAUUCCAUCUGUUUUGCACUCCUUUUUUUUAA